UGUCGUGUGUGUGUGUGUGUUUGUCGACUGUUUUCCGUUUGGGCUUUUGACUGGGAAAGCGAUGGAAAAUGACGCGAGGGGUCAGUUUUCCGAGUUUAUUUUCAUGUGGGGUUUCUUCCCUCCCUUACCUACUUGGACCUGGAUAAGUAGCCAUUAGGAGUUUAUAAGAUAGGAAAUGGAUAUCACACACGAAAGAACGGUUUCCGUCGAUGACGAUGUCGGAAGCCUUGUUCCUGAGCUCAGCUCAACUAAAACUAGCCAUCUCGAAGAAGUGAUGAACCAAGAAUUGUUCAGGGCGGGCAGAAUUCUGACGAGGGUGGAAUUGGAUUUAGCGUGCUGUUCAGAGAAGUUGGUGAAUCUAAGUGUUCUCACGAUGCACUUGGGCGCGAGGGAAAGCGACUUCGAAUCAUUCGCUUCUGAGAAGGUACCCUCGGGAAUUGAUUCUGCUGAGAAGGCUAUGGAGUUUGAUCUCUUGUCGGCAAUCUGUGAUUCAGAGGUGAACGAGCUUGAAAACCUUAUCAAGCAUCUCCAGACAGAAAUCCAAGGUGCUAGUGACAUGAUAUCUCCAUUUCAAGACGUGGAGGAAGCCUUCUCGGAGAUGUUGGAGAAGUUGCGUGAUGCUGAACAAGCUUCACGCGAGUCAUUGAAUCAAGUUUUGGAAAUGAAGAUACAAUCUGCUAAUUUUCAGAGGAUAUCGUCUGGUAUGAACGGAGUUGGAGCUUGGGCUGGAGGUCAAGCCGGAGAAUUUCAACAUGACGGCGAGUUUGGUGAUAUGAGCUUUAAGAUUAAGAUGCAGACUGCUGACCAGCAAAGAAACUUUUUGAGGAUGCUGGAGAAAUCUCUGGCCAAAGAGAUGGAACUCGAGAAGAAAUUAACUGAAUCAAGACAAACAGAAAAAGAACUGAGAAUGAAGCUAUACUCUUCUGAGCAGGAUGUUUUCUACAUGGAAGAAGAAGCCCAAGAGGCUUAUUUGAGGUGGUUUGAGGCAGAUAAUGCUGCCGAAGUCUUUAAGGGAACUUCAAAAGAGCUAUCUGGAAAACUGCAGAUUCUUCAGUUCAAUCUAAGCGGCUCUUUUAAGCGGGAAGACAACUUGAAAUCUGAGCUAAUGGAUUCAAAGGAACGGCUGGAAGCGAAAGAAAGUGUCCUGCAAAAGCUUGAUAGCAGCAACACGAGAGUCCAUGACUUCCUCAUGGCACAAGCAGAAGGGUUAAAGGAAAGUUUGAGAGAAGCUGAGGACAAACUGGUUCUGUUUGAAUCCGAGAAUAUGACGUUACGGGAAACAAUCAGCUCUCUAGAGGAACAGCUGAAAGAAUAUGAGCUCCAAGCAAAAGAUUCCGUUUGUGGAAGUCAACAGCAGGAUAGAAGGGAUCUGGAAUGUAACGUCGAGGAACUGAAAGAAAAACUAACCAAAGCUGAAGCCAGAAUUGUGGAUGCUGAAUCCAAGUCUAAACAGCUAAAUGAAAGUGAUAAGGAGCUUAGUGACGAGUUGGAGCUUUUCAAAGCUAAGGGUUUGACUGUGGAGAAGCUGGAAUCAGUAGAGAAACGGUUAAGAGAUUCGGAUAUUCAGCUAGAACAUGCAAUGGCAGCUGUUGAAGCAAGUCAAGAGAAGCAGAACUUGUUGAUUGCUACUGUGUCUGAUAUGGGGAAUGUAAUAGAGGACCUGAAAUUGAAAGUUCUGAGGGCGGAAAACCGGGCUGACAGUGCGAAAGAUAAGCUGAUCGUAGUUUCCGAUUAUAACACAGAGCUCAAUGAGGAAGUAAAAUUUUUGAGAGGCAGAUUGAAAGAACUAGAGCAGUCUUUACACCAGGCGGAAGAAGUAAAAACGCAAACUGCUAAAGAUAUCGGUGUUCGUAACAAGAUAAUGAGAAACUUGGUCAUGCAGCUGGCCGUCGAACGAGAACGGAUUCAUCGGCAGAUAUCUACAUUGUCAGUAGAGAAUAGUGUGCUGGUGGCGAAUUUGAGACAGGCCGGUAAAAGGGAUGGUUUCCCACAAAAACCUGACCAGAGUUCUGCAGUGUCUCACGACAGAGGAAGCAGAUCACGAGAUACGGUCACAUCAGCUACCAGUUCAGAGGGAGAGAGGAUGAGAGGGUCAGACGCAAGCAGUGUGAGAAGAUUAGAUGCAGGAGCUCUUGGGUUCAAGCGCAUCGUCUUGGCCAUUCUCGUGCUCAUCUUGUCGGCUGCUGCUUACUCUUCUCUCCGACCAGACCCCCCGUUUUAAAAGUCCCCACCAAAAGAAAAAAAAUACGCCUCCUCUCAUCACACUCUCCUUAGUAAUAACUCCUGACAAAGGUUCUGUCUUCUUGCUUUUUUUCUUUUCCUCUUUUUUUUUUUUUUUUUUUGGGUUUUAUAGACCUCAAAGGUUUUUUUUUAUAAUUUAGAAAUUGAAGUGAACGGUAGCUGUAUUUUUCUGCGUCAUUACAUAAUGCUGGUGUUGUUUAUUUGGAAG